AUGCCCCUCGACACACCUACCUAUGUACUCGAGGACAAAUUUGAGCCAGUCCUCUACGAAUUUCUCGAAGCCGCCCUCACUUCUGUCAAUAAGCCGUCCACAGACCGCUGGCCCUCGGUCUGGUCAGUCCCCCGGAGAACCCUGUUCCGUCUUCUGAAGAAUACAGAGCUACUGCAGUGGAGCCUUCCUCGCAACUACCGCAUUCUUCUCGCCAUCCAUAACAUCGAAAAUGUCAGGCACAAGUUGGAGGCACAUGGGCUCGGCCAGCAUCUGGAAUCCAGGCCCUUUGUGCGCCUUAUCCCCCUCGGCAUGAACAUAUAUGAAUGGGCACAGAAGGAGGCCGAGACGGCCCGCGGCAAGGUACGCCUAUACGUCGUCUACAAGCCGUCCCUCACCCCAACCUACUAUCUCCUAUGGCUAACGUGGAAGCUCCAGUCCUACCACAUCUUCGCCAUCACGUCGGUCCUCCAUGCGGCGAAGCCAGACGCCUGGGGCCCCGAGGUUCUGCGCGUUGCUGCGUCAGGCAAGGGUGGUACGGUAUACCCAGCCUGGGCACGCGGUACGGCUAUCGACCCGCUCUGCAUCGACUUGGUCGAGGGAGGUAGGAUUGUUCACCAUCCAUUGGCAUUGAACAAGACCCACGAGUGCUGUGGGGCUGUUUCGCAGUCUGAAUUAGAGUGA